UAAUUGAUCAGAUUCGUGGACGUUCCUACGAAGAAACACUUAUGAUACUAGAACUCAUGCCUUAUCGAGCAUGUUAUCCCAUUUUAAAAUUGGUUUAUUCUGCAGCAGCAAAUGCUCGUCACAAUAGGGGUUUCAAUGAAGCGAGUUUAAUCAUUAGUCAAGUCGCAGUAAAUGAGGGAACUACUCUGAAAAGACUAAAACCUCGAGCUCGAGGACGGAGUUAUCUGAUAAAAAGACCCACUUGUCAUAUAACUAUUGCAUUGAAAGAUCUUGAAUUUGAACCACUUGACAGAUAUAUGCUGCGCCCAAAACCAAAAAACACCGGAUGGCUAGGAUGGCUAAAAAAGGGAUAAAUAAGAACACAAAUAUGACAUAUCCUAAUAUAUAGUAGUGGAGGAUUAUGGGACAAAAAAUAAAUCCACUUGGUUUCAGACUUGGUACAACCCAAAGUCAUCAUUCUCUUUGGUUUGCACAACCGAAAAAGUAUUCCGAGGGUCUACAAGAAGAUAAAAAAAUAAGAGACUGUAUCAAGAAUUAUGUACAAAAAAAUAUGAGACUAUCUUCUGGUGUCGAGGGAAUUGCACGUAUAGAAAUUCAAAAAAGACUGGAUCUAAUUCAGGUGAUAAUCUAUAUGGGAUUUCCUAAAUUAUUAAUUGAAGAUAAGCCACGAAAACUCGAAGAACUACAGAUGAAUGUGCAAAAAGAACUUAAUUGUAUGAACCGAAAACUCAACAUUGCUAUUACAAGAAUUGGAAAUCCUUAUGGGCACCCUAAUAUUCUUGCCGAAUUUAUAGCCGGACAAUUAAAGAAUCGAGUUUCAUUUCGAAAGGCAAUGAAAAAGGCUAUUGAAUUAACUGAGCAAGCGGAUACAAAAGGAAUUCAAAUACAAAUUGCAGGGCGUAUCGACGGAAAAGAAAUCGCACGUGUCGAAUGGAUCCGAGAAGGUAGGGUUCCUCUACAAACCAUUGGAGCGAAAAUUGAGUAUUGCUCUUAUAGAGUUCGAACUAUCUAUGGGGUAUUAGGAAUCAAAAUUUGGAUAUUUAUAGACGAAGAAUAAUAAGAAUAAGACUCUACUUGUCUUUCCGUUCUAUUCUGCGAUAGAACAAAAAAUGACAAAUUCUUUGAUUUUUGAUUGAACAUAAAAAUCAAAAAAUGAGCAGUUCUAAAUUCUAUAAGGUUAAAUAAAAAUUUGAUUGAUCAUUUGAUAUAAUUGCUAUGCUUAGUGUGCGACUCGUUGGGUUUUUAGGCUUAGGAUUCAAAAAAAAUGGGCGGACCACAGUAUAAGCUAAUAACUAUAGCACUAAUAACCAACUCAUCGCUUCGGAUUAUCUGGAUCCAAAGAAUCAGUCAAGAUAUGAUAUAUUGGUCAUAUCAUUAUAGCAACUGAAUUUUUUUUGCAUUAAGUAAAAGACAAAACCAAUCUGAUUAUGAAUAGAUCGAAAUUGUGAAGCAAAAUAAAAAGUAUGUGGAUAAAUAGAAGGAUGAGAGAAAGAGAGAAACAGAAAUAGCAAUGAAAUGACAUAGGAUUCCAAUAUGUAAGGUCUAUGAAGCAUCUCAUAAAGAGCAAUGUAAUAGAGCAUCAAUAGAGAUUCAUCAAUAAUUAGAUGAAUAUCUGUUCAUUGAAGAAAAAAUCAAGAGCCUUAACUUAAGUCAAUAAAGACUGAGAAGGUUGACUCAAGAACAAAUUUUAUUUUAUUUUAUUAAAUAAAUAGAAAUAUUAAAUUAAGGCUCCAUUGGAGAAUUCAGACCUAAGCAUUAAUCGAGAGCGAUGGGGACGACGGAACCCGUGAAUGCGGAGGAUUCUAUUGAAAACGAAUCCUAAUGAUUUAUCGGGGAGGAUGGCGGAACAAACCAGAGACCACUGCAUUUCUUUUUAUUCUGAUUCUGAGAGGUCAUGGGUUAACCCGACAACUGAACUAGAAAAAGAGUAAAUAUUCGCCCGCGAAAAUUUGAGUUUAAUUUUAUUUGAUUGUUCAAUUUUUGUCGAUCUGAAUCUGAUAUGAAUAUGAUAAAAAACAAAAUAAAGAUUCGUUAUAACAUUAUAACAAAACCAAGAUAAGACAUUAUCUAGAAAUAGAAUCCGUGUUUAAUUCCUUAUACUUAUAUAUAUCCAAUAGAUCCAAACAAGAUAUACAAAUUUCUAAUAGAUCAGAUAAAAUCAUAAAGCAAAGAAUCCCAAGAUUCAAUUAUUCAUUAACUACCUGUAUAUCUUAAGAUUAAGAAUUAAAUAUUUUUUUAGUCAUUUUUUUUUUUCGCGAGGAGCUGGAUGAGAAGAAACUCUCAUGUCCAGUUCUGUAGUAGAGAUGGAAUUCAUAAACAACAACCAUCAACUAUAACCCCAAAAGAACCCGAUUUCGUAAACAACA